UCUAUGACAAACACGUCAGUGUUUAGACUUAGAGUUGCAGUAAAAAUAUUUUACCCCGAUAAAGGUAACAUUGUAUUAUGCGGAACAAACAUAUUAUAUUCUAUUUAAGUGGUAUGCCAUAAAUAUAACGUCAUUUGUACAUUAAAUAAGUCAAAAAUGUACAGAAAUAUGCUAAAAUAAUUUUCAUUUCAAGAACCGUUACAUUUCAGAGAGCAGUUUUUUUUUCAGGGGAGUAGUACUCGUAAAAACACGGGAGUUUUUCUAUAGUGUUGGCAACAGUCUUAUAAACUUCAACAUUUUGCUUUUCACGGAAGGAUAUUGUGUGAAGAAAUUAUUGUUUUACUUGAAAUAAAUACAAAUUGAAUGAAAUAAAGACUGAGAAUCGUUAACCAUACCGUUCUUGAUUUACUGCGAAUGCAAGAAGACGUGGGAUUACAUUAAAGUGUAGAAGACACUGAACAAAAUAUAAUUAAACGGGAAUUAAUUAUAAAUAACGAAUAUGGUGGGCACAAGACGUGCUCGUAAUAAUGCCAAUUCAGUGGUCAUACCGCGUCAGAACUCUGUGUCUGACAAUGGAAGGGCUCGUCAGAACCUUAGCCCUGAGGCAUUAGCAGCUAUGAAUAAGGAACAGCUCCGGGCAGAAUGCAGGAAACGGGGUCAGCGGGCCACAGGCAACAAAAAUGAGCUGCUCGCCCGACUCGGGUACUACAAGCUGGCGGCCGCAGUACAGGCGGACACUGAACAGCGCCCGCGGAACGGACUUCAUCAUCCACAUCCUAAGGAGAUCAGUAGAAACAAAGCUCCAACAAUGGACAGUGACAGCCUGGUGCUAUGGCGGCGACCGCUCACCACAUUGGAGUACUUCUUCAAAGAAUUAUUCAUAUUGAUCUCAACAGGAUUACAGAGGUUAUUAACGUACAAACUGUUGGCGUUGACGAUAUUUGUAGCAAUAUUAGGAACAGUUGUAUCUUAUUACGUUAGCGGCCCGCACCAGGCUUAUGUUCAGUUGGUAGUAGCGACCCUAUCGUGGUGGGGUUGGUGGGUAGUGCUGGGCGUGUGUAGUUCAGUGGGGCUGGGGACAGGUCUGCAUACAUUCCUGCUGUACCUGGGACCUCACAUCGCGAGGGUGACGCUGGCUGCGUACGAGUGCGGGGCCCUCAACUUCCCUGAACCGCCCUAUCCUAAUGACAUAAUAUGUCCAGCCCAGAUCGACCCGAACAACGUGGUGUCGAUAUGGAACAUAAUGUCGAAGGUCCGCAUAGAGUCCAUGAUGUGGGGUAUAGGCACGGCGCUGGGGGAGUUGCCGCCAUACUUCAUGGCUCGGGCUGCCAGGCUCUCGGGGGGAGGGGUCGCUGAGCUGGCUGCUAAUGACGAUUCUAGGACUGGGAGGGCGAAAAUAAUGGUACAAAAGCUAGUCCAGAAAGUUGGUUUCGCUGGUAUCCUGGCGUGCGCGUCCGUGCCGAACCCUCUGUUCGACCUGGCCGGCCUGACGUGUGGACACUUCCUCGUCCCAUUCUGGACGUUCUUCGGGGCCACGGUGCUGGGCAAAGCGGUCAUCAAGAUGCAUAUACAGAAGAUGUUUGUUAUCAUCGCUUUUAAUGAAACUUUAGUUGGCCAAGUCCUUUCCUGGGUAGAAAGGAUACCAUACAUCGGGCCUAAGUUAGAAGCUCCACUACUGGAGUUCCUUCGCAACCAAAAAGCAAGAUUACAUAAAAACGACUCUGCAGCGCCCAUAGAGAAUCAAGGCUCAGUUCUAUCGAGUCUUCUAGAGAAGUUUGUGUUGGCUAUGGUUGUGUACUUCGUUGUGUCUAUAGUGAAUGCGCUUGCGCAGAACUAUAGCAAGCGAGUCGGUAAGAAGAAGGGCAAGAAACGGGAAUAGGGACUGCGGACGCCGGGCGACGCGCUCUGUGCUAUCGCGCGGCGGCGGCCGUCGGACCGCAUGCGCCGGCGCCGGUAGUACUGACUCGCGCAGUCACGUCGACACGUCACACUGCCACCUACCGUUCUCAUGGCGAACUAGAUUGUAUACACGUAAAUAUAAAUAUUAAAAUUAAGGAUUAUAAUAACUAUACUGAAAAUAAGGCAAGAUUUUGUUAAGUAAUAUUACUUAUAACAAGAUACCUAAUUUCUUAGGUAAUAUUACUCUCUCUUUCUCAAAUAAAUCGAAUCGAAAUUGGUUCAUACGUUCAAUAGUUAGAAUACCACAAACUUUUACGUUGAGAGUUUAAGGCAUUGGCUGCCAAUAAAAAACUGUUGAAGGCAAAUCCUCCGCUAAUGUCGGUCACCGGUGACUGCCAUGGCGUUUAACGUGUUAAAAAUGUAUUUUCUACACAAUGUAACAAGAAUAAAGCCUUUCAUGUUUAUUGGUUCAUAACUCGAAAACGGCUGCACAGAUUUUGAUGAUAUUUAAUACAUUUUCUUCCCAAAUAACUAGAAAAAUAUGUCUAAAAAUUACCUUUUUUUAAUCAAUUCCCUGAUUGAAGCGUCACCAAAGAGCGCCAUUGUAUAUGAACGGUAGGUGUUUGCGCAAUAACUAGCUAAUAUAAUUAUAUAGGUUAUUAUAUUAUAAGGUGCGUAACUAUAGUGUUCUCUCUCUCAUACAUAAAUUGAAGUGUUUUGACCUUACAUGCGAAUAUGCAAACGUUAUGUUGAUAUUGUAUCGUUUUUAUAUAGGUGUUAUUAAAGAAACUAAUUCGCCAACUAAUAGUUGUAAUUAUGACCGAUUUCAAUUUAUAAUCUAUAGAUAGGUUAUUUGCAGACUGCCUCGUUGGCCGAGUGCCAGGCAAGGGGUCUCGG